GUGAGGGUGCGGCGGGCGCGCCCUCCCUCCGGCUUCUGGGGGUGCCCGCGGCUCGGUGCAGGCGGGGGCGGCACUUACGCAUCGCUUGUAACCUUUGCAGAAGCCGCUUGUGGCGGGUCGGUGUUGGCAGUGAGUGAGUGCUCUUGUUGGCGGAGUCUCCGGCGCUGAGCCGGCCCCUUGGAGCAGCUGCGCCCUGCCUGGAACGGGUCGGGAGGUACCGCAGGGAUACCCGCACCGCCCUGUCCGCCGACACAGUUAUGUCGGGAAAAUAAAAACCGGAGCUCGGUAGUAGGGACUGGGUGUGCACCAGCUGCUCCGGGGCUCUAAGCCAAAAGUGUCGUUUCGCGGGUUGAACAGAAGUCCUGUAAGGAUAAGUAAGGGAGGAUAAGCAAAGUUGUAGCUGCUGAUUAUCGUUGUUGGUAUUUUGAAAUGGACAGUUCCAUCAGUGGUAGCUCCUGCCUGAAGAGAUCCCAAGCACUUUCCUUUUUAGUAUUUCGGAGGGAGUGCCUGCUGCUGAGCCUGUACUUCGCUCAGGAUUGCAUCCCGUGGCUUGUCGAACAGGCCUGCACCGGCACCGACUCCAUACUCAGCUUUUGUGGUCUGAGGCUUUUCCAGGUUCCUCUGGCAAAGACGGUGGUGUUGACCUGCCCUGCCGUUUCUCCCGUGUCAUUUGGGGUCAAGCCAUGAGUGUCCUCCUGCUGCAGAACGGAAUGGGUUUGGCUGAAAUGGGAGAUAUGGGAAGGUAUUUCAGCAGCACCUGGAGAAGUGGUGGCAGUUGAAGAGAAGUUCUGUGUAGAUGGAAGCAAAAAUUGUGUACUGGGGAUGUUUGUGGAGCCCCACUGAGCAGGCACAAGGCAGUAGGUAAUGGUGUGUCCGUCUGGCAGUGAUACAAAGGACCUGCGUGCUGGAGUGGGCCAUCGGGAAGCUGAGCACAGUGCUUGUCCCUAGCCUUUCAGGGGCAGUGCAUGCCACAAAGCAGGGCUGUGCUGAUCUGGAAGAGGGUUUGUUUCCUGGUGAUUCCUGCCUGUAAUGAAUAUCUGUUGUGAACAGUUUAAUGUCGGAAGAUGGAUAGUUGUGGUUAUAACACAGGGAGCUUUGUAAGCAUGGGUUUUGCGUGUUUGGCUAGAGAUAGGGGACACAACAGAACUGUUAUACUAAGAAUUCGGUGACUUUAGUGGUAGUUGUUUGCCUUUCAAGCUAACUUUGUAAAUACAUUGGCUGUAGAGGUAUGUUGUCUGUCUGUUAUUUUAAGACCUGAAUGGUUCUGAAGGCAAGUGCCAGCAUAGAAGAUAUUAGCAAGGUGCACACAGGUGCCCAGGGUGAAGUGGUAAAAUCCAAUGCUUCUCUCUUUGGAUAGACUGGGUAAAAAAUAACUUAGCAAUGGGGUGCUGCUGUCCACUGUUGCAGAGGACCUGUGUGCCAUCCUUUGCUACAGUUCAUGAAACUCUUACUGUUUCCCGAGGGCACCCAGUGGAAGAAGAUUUAAUUAAUUAAACAGCAAAUAAUGCUGAGGUUAUCAUGAGCUGCCUGUGGCAGACUGACAGCAAGGGCAUCCUUUCUAGCCACUGUGCAGUGAUUUUUUUGAAUGAUGGGCAAACUUGUGCUUGGAGCUGGUAUGGGGCAACGCUGGUUUGUUGAAUUAGAAUGUGCAAAUGUGGAAUGGCCCUGUUGCCCUUUAAGACAGGAGCUGGUCAGGCUAGGAAAUAGGGGGUAAUAAGUGCCUAUCCCUCCACGUGGUUCUUCAAUUUGUGUUCUUGCACAUUAACGUGAUGAAAAGGCUUCAGCACUGUCACAGCUAGGCCAAUCCUCUAUAAAAGUUUUGGAAGAAACUUGUAGUCCUUUAUUGCCUUCCAAGUACUUGUAUACUAGACUGUUUUAUACUAAGAAUAAAUUUGUAAUGGAAGUGCAUAAAUAAUAAAAAACCAACACCUUUGAGAAUCAUUUCAGGCAUCAGAAGAAUGUAUUUUUGAGGAAUUUGUAACCUUUGAAGUCCUGUUUCUUGUGGAGAACAUGCAUUUAUCCCUUUAAUUUUUCAUAUAUGGCCUGUGUGUCAUUGGGUCAGGAUAAGGAGAUGAACGAACAUCAUCUACCGUGCUCCUUGACUAAGUGCUACGUUUUGAAAAAUGGAAGGUUACAUACAGUUGUGCAAAGUUUAUAAUUGUUAGUGAGUGACUGUAGGGGUGAAAAGCUUUACCAAAGAGACACCUUGUGUGCUAUGCACAUUUACUUGGAAAGAUCUACAAGGAGUAAAAGUUCUUGUAGCUCAGAUAAUUUUCUUUUGCAGAUGAGUAAUUCCCUUGUUCAUGUGAUCUCAAGCCAGAGCCACUUACCUUGGGAAAGUGAAGCAGGGUUCUGUAUCCCACUGACUUUCAGGCCAGUGCUGUUGGGACAUUUUUGUUCAUUUGGUAUGGUCUGCUAUUUGGUAUGGUUCUAGUUCUGGAGCACUCUGUGUUAUAUUUUAAGUUUCAGGAGAGUGUAAAAUCAAGGUAAUUGGUCCUAGGUCCUGUUACUUUUAAUAGUUUUUUGCCUGAGCAGAGGUAGAAUCAGGGUUUGUAAACAAAAACAACAACAAAAAAAAGGCUGACCUGAUUUUUCCCAAUUUAGGAAUUUCUCCAGACCUUUUUUUCAUUUAUUUUGUAACAAACUCUUGCACCUUGUUUGCUGGAGAGAGGAAUUAUGUGAGUUGAAUGCUGAAUUAAGGUGAUGGUGCGCUUUUUUGCAGACCUAACUCCCAGCUUCCUCCCAACCUCCUCCCUGCCUCCUCCCUGCUUUUCUUCCAAGGGCAGAGUUCAGCACUUCCUAGCAUGGCUUUAUGAAUCAAUCUUCUUUGAAUUCUGGGGUGGUUUUGGACCUGUCUGUAGACUUAGUUUCCUACUUGAAAAUUGUAUCAUAAGUGUGCCAGAGCACGACUGAAGUAGUGCAGGCUUCUGAUGGAAGAAGAGUCAAGUGUUAUCUAUAGCAAGGACAGGUAAUUUGAGUUUUGGUGGGCUUGGAGCUAUGCCAUCCCUCUGUAAAACAAAGGCUCUGCAUAUCUCUGGCGCUGAUGGCCACCUUCAUGAUUCCUGCCCUAUUGCUUCAGCUUUUUGAGAUGCUGAUGAAGAAGCACGGGUUUGGGAAACUUCAGAAUAAUGCUUUUGCAGCAAUGAAGCAGAGAUCUGUGCUCCUGUGAGCAGAAAACCAUGCACCAGAGCAGGAUCUGUUCAGCAAGGCAAGCUGUAGAGAAAGCAAAAUGGGCUAGAUGAGGUGCAGGAUUACAACCAAAGGGUAGAUCUUUCCUUCCCUGAGUCUACGAGAAGAUAGUUAGGAAGCAUGUAGGUAAAAGGAAUAGAAGCCUCUAGAACAAGCCUCUAGGACUUGUUCUGGGAGGGCUCUGAUAGCCCAUCUCAGCUGCAGCUCUCGAGGCCAAGGAGUUGACUUAGAAGGCUCAUUAAAGCAACAGCAAGCUCUAAUGUAUGUGUGUGUCUCAUCGGGCUGUAGCUCUUGCAAAGCAGGAGUUAUGCGCCAUGGGAGCCUGCAUUGCAGACCUACUUUCAGAUAUGAUUUUUUUGUGUCUUGCUUCUAAAAGCCUUUAGCUCAAGGACCAAUUUUAUUUUCAUGAAUAAUUUGAUGGUUUAACGUGAGUAGGUUUAAGCUCUUGUGUAAGAACCUGCUGAGCCUGCCUGUGUGGUGUUAAAACUUUCAACUUGAAAUGAGGGUGGCUUGCUUUUUGGUAUUUUAAUCUCCCUUCAAAUGCUUCAUACUUGUUAGAGAGCAAAUUUUGUUUGGCUUCUCUUCAUGCUGAGACUUUAUCUGAUUUAGAGCUGUUUUCCAGAGUAUUGGUAUAAAUGUAACCUUGUAAUGCUUUCCUCUUAGCCUCAGCUUCUCUUCAUCACAUUGUUUUUUAACCGUACUGUUGCCAAAACAGAAGUUGCAUUGCAAGAAUGCAAAAGGAAAAAAGUCAAAUCAGUUAGCAGUUGCCAGUGAUUUUUAAGUACUACUGUGUGUAGUAGUAAGUUGUACUUAAGUUGUAAUGAGACAUAAGGAUAUUUUUGUGCCUCAGAAAUCAUUAGUUUUUUACAAGGUUUUUGAUGAUAGUUCAUAACCAGAAAGCAAUACAGGUCUUUGCUUAGAGUAAGCCCAAGCUGAAGGAAGGAGACAGAUAAAGAAUAGCACAUCAUUCAUCUACAUGUUUGUGAAAGAUCCCCAGAAAAGUGUGGAAGAUGAAAUUGAAUCCAUUCUGCAGGAGCGAAUAAUGGUUUUGGAUGGAGGCAUGGGGACCAUGAUUCAGCAACGUGCCCUGUCAGAAGAGGAUUUCCGAGGGCAUGAAUUUAAAGAUCAUUCCAGGCCUUUAAAAGGCAAUAAUGACCUUCUUAGUAUAACUCAACCUGAUAUAAUCUGUGACAUACACAAGGAAUACUUGCUGUCAGGCGCUGACAUCAUUGAAACUAACACUUUCAGCAGCACCCGAGUUGCACAGGCUGACUAUGGCCUUGAGUAUUUGGCAUAUCGGUUAAACAGAGUCUCUGCACAGGUAGCCAGAAAAGCAGCGGACACUGUAACUGCUCAGACAGGAAUUAGGAGAUAUGUUGCUGGAGCCAUGGGUCCAACAAACAGGACACUCUCCGUGUCACCAUCUGUGGAGAGACCAGAUUACAGGAACAUAACUUUUGAUGAACUGGUGGAAGCCUAUAAGGAACAAGCCAAAGGACUUUUGGAUGGAGGAGUUGAUAUCUUGUUAGUGGAAACCAUAUUUGAUACCGCCAAUGCUAAGGCAGCUCUUUUUGCACUCCAGAUGUUGUUUGAAGAAGAAUAUGCUCCCCGACCCAUAUUUGUUUCUGGAACCAUUGUGGAUAAGAGUGGGCGUACCCUCUCAGGCCAGACAGGAGAGGCAUUUGUCAUUAGUGUUUCCCACAGUAAGCCACUUUGUAUUGGCUUAAAUUGUGCUUUAGGGGCAGUUGAAAUGCGUCCAUUCAUUGAAACAAUUGGAAAAUGUACCACAGCCUACAUCAUCUGUUACCCCAACGCAGGUCUCCCCAAUACUUUUGGUGGUUAUGAUGAAACUCCAGAAGUGACUGCCAAGCAUAUAAAGAAUUUUGCUUUGGAUGGUUUGGUCAACAUAGUUGGAGGUUGCUGUGGUACUACACCAGCACAUAUCAGGAAAAUUGCUGAAGCUGUGAAAUUCUGUAAGCCUCGUGUUCCACCUUCUCUCUCUCAAGGAUGCAUGCUGCUGUCAGGUCUGGAGCCAUUCAGGAUUGGGCCAUACACCAACUUUGUUAAUAUUGGCGAACGCUGCAACGUUGCAGGAUCACGGAAGUUUGCUAAACUCAUCAUGGCAGGCAACUAUGAAGAAGCCCUAGGUGUAGCCAAACUGCAAGUUGAGAUGGGGGCCCAGAUUCUUGACAUCAAUAUGGAUGAUGGGAUGCUGGAUGGCCCUGCUGCAAUGACCAGAUUUUGUAACUUGAUUUCUUCAGAACCUGAUAUUGCAAAGGUGCCGUUGUGCAUUGACUCCUCGAAUUUUUCAGUGAUUGAAGCAGGUUUGAAGUGUUGCCAAGGGAAAUGCAUUGUAAAUAGCAUCAGCCUGAAGGAAGGUGAGGAAGACUUUUUGGAGAAAGCAAGGAAAAUUAAAUUAUAUGGAGCAGCUGUGGUUGUUAUGGCUUUUGAUGAAGUGGGGCAGGCAACAGAAACAGAAACCAAGAUUGCAAUCUGUUCUAGAGCUUAUCAUCUCCUUGUGGAAAAAGUGCACUUCAAUCCAAAUGAUAUAAUAUUUGACCCUAAUAUCUUGACCAUAGGAACUGGAAUGGAAGAACAUAACCUUUAUGCCAUAAAUUUCAUCAAUGCUACUAAAACCAUAAAAGAAACACUGCCAGGAGCCAGGAUAAGUGGAGGUCUUUCCAAUCUGUCUUUCUCCUUUCGUGGAAUGGAUGCCAUUCGAGAAGCAAUGCAUGGAGUGUUCCUUUACCACGCAAUUAAGUAUGGCAUGGACAUGGGAAUUGUGAAUGCUGGGAAUCUGCCGGUGUAUGAUGAUAUCCACAAGGAAUUACUACAACUGUGUGAGAAUCUAAUCUGGAACAAAGAUCCUGAUGCAACAGAGAAACUUUUACAUUAUGCUCAGAAUCAUGCCCAAGGAGGAAAGAAAGUUGUACAGACUGAUGAGUGGCGUAAAAGCUCUGUGGAGGAAAGGCUGGAAUAUGCUCUCAUAAAGGGCAUUGAGAAGUAUGUCACUGCAGAUACAGAAGAAGCAAGAUUAAAUCAGGAAAAAUAUCCUAGACCUCUAAACGUAAUUGAAGGACCUUUGAUGAAUGGCAUGAAAAUUGUUGGUGAUCUUUUUGGUGCUGGGAAGAUGUUUCUGCCUCAGGUGAUAAAGUCUGCUCGAGUUAUGAAGAAAGCAGUUGGCCACCUUAUUCCCUAUAUGGAAAAAGAAAGAGAGGAAAGGAGAGCCAAACGAGGCAGCAUAGAGGAAGAGGAUCCGUAUCAGGGUACAAUAGUAUUAGCAACUGUGAAAGGAGACGUACAUGACAUUGGCAAGAACAUUGUGGGAGUUGUUCUGGGCUGCAACAACUUCAGAGUUAUUGAUUUAGGAGUCAUGACUCCAUGUGAUAAGAUAUUGAGAGCUGCUGUUGAGAACAAAGCAGAUAUAAUUGGCCUGUCUGGUCUCAUCACCCCGUCUUUGGAUGAGAUGAUUUUUGUCGCUAAGGAAAUGGAGAGAUUGGCAAUAAAGAUUCCUUUGCUGAUUGGAGGAGCAACUACUUCUAAAACACACACAGCUGUUAAAAUUGCCCCACGAUAUAGCGCACCUGUAAUUCAUGUCCUGGAUGCAUCCAAGAGUGUUGUGGUUUGCUCCCAGCUCUUAGACAAUAGUGUAAAGGAUGAUUUCUUUGAAGAAAUAUUAGAGGAAUAUGAAGAAAUUAGACAAGAACAUUAUGAGUCUCUCAAGGAAAGAAGAUACUUGUCUCUACAGCAGGCUAGAAGAAAAGGUUUCCAUAAUGACUGGUUAUCAGGCCAUAAACCGGUUAAACCAAAAUUCAUCGGCACAAAAGUCUUUGAAGAUUAUGACCUGAAGAGGCUGGUAGAAUACAUUGACUGGAAGCCCUUCUUUGAUGUCUGGCAGCUUAGGGGAAAAUAUCCCAACCGGAGUUUUCCUAAGAUCUUUAGUGAUAAAACUGUGGGUGAAGAAGCAAGGAGAGUUUAUAACGAUGCGCAAGAUCUACUGAAAACAUUGAUUAAUCAAAAGAAAUUACAAGCCAGAGGUGUGGUCGGGUUCUGGCCAGCUCAAAGUGUUCAGGAUGAUAUCCACUUAUAUGCUAUGGAAGAGGCAGUGGGAUCUUCAGAACCAAUAGCAAAAUUUUAUGGCUUGAGGCAACAGGCUGAAAAAGACUCUGCCUGCACAGAUCCAUAUUACUGCCUCUCUGACUUCAUAGCACCAAUGGAUUCUGGCAUUCGUGACUACUUAGGCCUGUUUGCUGUGGCCUGCUUUGGUGUAGAUGAGUUAUGCAAUGAAUUUAGGAAACAGGAUGAUGAAUACAACAUCAUAAUGGUAAAGGCUCUCGGCGAUCGGUUGGCAGAGGCAUUUGCUGAGGAGCUCCAUGAACGGGUUCGAAGGGAAUUCUGGGCUUACAGUAUUACUGAGCAGCUCAAUCUCUCUGACCUACGCAGAAUUAAAUAUGAGGGAAUUCGCCCUGCCCCUGGAUAUCCAAGCCAGCCUGACCAUACAGAAAAACUCACCAUGUGGAAACUUGCAAACAUUGAGGAAACAACAGGAAUUGGUUUAACAGAAUCACUAGCAAUGGUACCUGCUUCUGCAGUUUCUGGCCUCUACUUUUCCAGUCCCAAUUCCAAAUAUUUUGCUGUUGGAAAGAUAUGUAAAGAUCAGGUUGAAGAUUAUGCACUGAGAAAAAAAUUGUCGGUUGCAGAAGUGGAGAAAUGGCUUGGACCCGUUUUGGGAUAUGAUACUGAAUAACUCUGAUACUUGUGGGUGAACUUUUUUUUUGUGAUGGUCCAUUUGCCAGAAGGAACAAGAAAAGACUUCCCACUGAAAACAGCUUUCUUCCAUCCAUCCAUCCAUCCCUCCAUCCCAAUAGCUUGUCUGAUUAUUUUAAAUUUUUGAUCAAGGAACUUAAUAUUUCAAAUCAAAUCUGCUCUGUGCCCUUGGCUUGAGACCAUGAAUGCAUUUUAGCUCUCUCACUUGUAGCAGCAUACUUUUAUUUAUUUUUAUUUUUUUGCACAAAGUAGAGAAGCUACGUGUAGGGUGGAAUGUGGAAAAUGCAAAGCUCUCCUGUCCGCGGGAGAAGGAGAAAUCAGAAGCAAGAAUUUCUAUCCCAUUGGCUGUGGAUAUACGUAGAACAGAAUUUGACUUGUGUUAUUUUAAUGUGUUUGGCAAGUCCAGGGACAGAAAUAUGAUGUGAUUUUUCUGUAAAGUCACAAAAGGUUUUAUACUGACUGAUGAGGAGCAAUUGAAGUACAACAGAUCUCCUUUUUUAAAAUCUGUCUGCUCCGUGUUUAGGUCUUGUGAUUGGGAACAUAGGUUGUUCUCGAUGGUGUUUAGCAUAAUACGAUGUGCUGGAUCAAUAUCAGAAGUGCUGUAUUGUGAAAUGGGAUGACUGAGCCCAUGGAGUAGUCUGCUUCAUGCUUCCUCUUCCUUUCAGCAAGUCACAAUCUGUUUCUACUCCGCAUAAAGGGUACUGGCGCUUCCUACCUUUGAGUUAUGUUGUGAGGCUUAAUUAAUACAUAAACAAUCAUUUGUAUGUGAAAAAUAUGAGAAGCAUACUUGUUACUAUAGACAGACAGAAAGCUUGGAGCUGACUUCAGUGUUUUACAAACUCUUUAACCUUCCAGAUACUUGGAUUUUAAAAGCAACUAGUAGUAAUACUGUCAUAUGUAACAAUUAAUAUCAGAGACAUAUUCUUCAGAUUCAACUCUCGGUGAUCUAAUUGUUCAUAGCUUUUAAUAAUCUCUGAAAAGUGCCUCAAGUAUUAUUUAAAUGCUAAUUUAGUAAAAUAUUGUGAAAGAAACCCCUCAUUUUUUCUGGUCUCUAAUUGUAAAUAAAAGACCAAUCUUGUAAAGAGAAUGUUCUUUUUAAUAGUUUAUUGCAAUCUAUGAAUAGCUAUAUAAUUUUUGUAAUGUCUUCAUCUGACUUUAUGCUAAAAGAAUCAUCUUGUAUCAACAGUUUAAUAAAGGUUAAGCUGUCAGCGGUGUUAUCUCAUUAGAAUCCUUUAAAUGCCAACAAUAAAAUGUGCACAAUAA